GCGACGCGAAGGAGUUGCUGCUGCCCUGGCUGGUCACAACCCCCAUGAACGGCGGCUGCCGCGGCUUAGCGCUCAGGUCGGGAAGGAGGACUGCCUCUGCAUGGCCCCAGGUGUUGAUAUGACUACUGUACAUCUCGGGGUCAAAAUCGAGGAGUCUCCUGCGUCUGCUUUCAGCAAGCCCAGCAGCUGCAUCCAGGCGAGCGUGGCGGCGAUGGGAGGAGAGGAGGAGAGUGACAAGCCCAAAGUGUCCCCCCCAUCCCUCCUGCCUUUCAGCGUGGAGGCGCUCAUGGCUGAUCACAGGAAGCCGGGGGCCAGAGAGAGCAUCGCCACCAGCCCCGAAGGGGCAGUGCCCCUGGCUGCUGGGACUUCCACUCAUCAGACCCUCAGUCCCAGGGUGGGAUCCUUAUCGGUGGCAGCAGAGACGCCGGCUUCCCCGCUACCGAUCAACAGCCAUUUUUCUGUCGGGGGACUAGUAAAAUUGCCCGAAGAUGCACUUGUCAAAUCGGAAAGCCCCGAGAAGCAAGAGAGGACGGCCUGGAUGCAGAACCCCAGGUUCUCCCCACCUCCCCCUAGGCGGCUGAGCCCCCCGGCCUGCACCUUGCGCAAGCACAAGACCAACAGGAAGCCCCGGACCCCGUUCACCACGGCGCAGUUGCUGGCCCUGGAGAGGAAGUUUCGGCAGAAGCAGUAUCUGUCCAUCGCCGAGCGAGCGGAGUUCUCCAGUUCGCUGAGCCUCACCGAGACCCAGGUGAAGAUCUGGUUUCAGAACCGGCGCGCCAAGGCCAAGAGACUACAGGAGGCCGAGCUGGAGAAGCUGAAGAUGGCAGCCAAGCCCAUGCUGCCUCCGGCCGCUUUCGGCAUCUCCUUCCCUCUGGGCGGCCCGGCGGUGGCGGGCGCCUCCCUGUACGGAGCCUCCAGCCCCUUCCAGCGGGCAGGGCUGCCCGUGGCUCCCGUGGGACUCUACACGGCUCACGUGGGAUACAGCAUGUACCACCUAACAUAGAGCGCAGCGGGGCGCAAGGAACCCACCCGACAGCAGCCUGGUUGGGGCGCCCCCUCCCUCAAAAGCCAGCGGGCCAGCUCCUGUCCCUGCCUAGCC